CGCGCCCGCGCUGCUAUUGGUUCGGCGUCUCGGCUCCUUUUUCAAAUUGAGGCGCCGAGUCGUUGCCUGGUUUCCUAGGCUUCGGGCGGAGACGACAUCGCUGUUUCCGAGGCUCCCGCUAGUGCUAGUGCGGGACAGACGCCUCGGGGAGUCAGAGCUCCUGGUGGAGAGCGGGGACGCCGAGCUACUUGUGGGCCACGCCGGUAUCCGGCGGGGGAGGUGGGCAUCUGGCCCGCGCCGGUCGCAGGACCCUCCCGCGCCCCCACGGCGCUCGAGUACGCGACCAGGUCUUGACUUUCCCGCGGUGAUCGUCAUGGCGUCCCAGCCGAAUUCCUCCGCGAAGAAGAAAGAGGAAAAGGGGAAGAACAUCCAGGUGGUGGUGAGAUGCAGACCAUUUAAUUUGGCAGAGCGGAAAGCUAGCGCCCAUUCUGUAGUGGAAUGUGAUCACGUACGAAAAGAAGUUAGUGUACGAACUGGAGGAUUGGCCGACAAGAGCUCAAGGAAAACAUAUACUUUUGAUAUGGUUUUUGGAGCGUCUACUAAACAAAUUGAUGUUUACCGAAGUGUUGUUUGUCCAAUUCUGGAUGAAGUUAUUAUGGGUUACAAUUGCACUAUUUUUGCAUACGGCCAAACUGGCACUGGAAAAACCUUUACAAUGGAAGGUGAGAGGUCACCUAAUGAAGAGUACACUUGGGAGGAGGAUCCCUUGGCUGGUAUAAUUCCACGUACUCUGCAUCAAAUUUUUGAGAAACUUACUGAUAAUGGUACUGAAUUUUCAGUCAAAGUGUCUCUGUUGGAAAUCUAUAAUGAGGAACUUUUUGAUCUCCUUAAUCCAUCUUCUGAUGUUUCUGAGAGACUACAGAUGUUUGAUGAUCCCCGUAACAAGAGGGGGGUGAUAAUCAAAGGUUUAGAAGAAAUUACAGUGCACAACAAGGAUGAAGUCUAUCAAAUUUUGGAGAAGGGGGCAGCAAAAAGGACAACUGCAGCAACUUUGAUGAAUGCAUACUCUAGUCGUUCCCACUCAGUUUUCUCUGUUACAAUACAUAUGAAAGAAACUACAAUUGAUGGAGAGGAGCUUGUUAAAAUUGGAAAGUUGAACUUGGUUGAUCUUGCGGGAAGUGAGAACAUUGGCCGUUCUGGAGCAGUUGACAAGAGAGCUCGGGAAGCUGGAAAUAUCAAUCAGUCCCUGUUGACUUUGGGAAGGGUUAUUACUGCUCUUGUAGAAAGAACACCUCAUGUUCCUUAUCGAGAAUCUAAAUUAACUAGAAUCCUCCAGGAUUCCCUUGGGGGGCGUACAAGAACAUCUAUAAUUGCAACGAUUUCUCCUGCAUCCCUCAAUCUUGAGGAAACUCUGAGUACAUUGGAAUAUGCUCAUAGAGCAAAGAACAUACUAAAUAAGCCUGAAGUUAACCAGAAACUCACCAAAAGAGCUCUUAUUAAGGAAUAUACGGAAGAGAUAGAGCGUCUGAAACGAGAUCUUGCUGCAGCCCGUGAGAAAAAUGGGGUAUACAUUUCUGAAGAAAAUUUUAGAGCCAUGAGUGGAAAACUAACUGUUCAAGAAGAACAGAUUGUAGAAUUGAUUGAAAAAAUUGGUGCCGUUGAGGAGGAGCUAAGUAGGGUUACAGAGUUGUUUAUGGAUAAUAAAAAUGAACUUGACCAGUGUAAAUCUGACCUGCAAAAUAAGACACAGGAACUUGAAACCACUCAAAAACAUUUACAAGAAACGAAAUUACAACUUGUUGAAGAAGAGUAUAUUACAUCAGCUUUGGAAAGUACUGAGGAGAAACUUCAUGAUGCUGCCAGCAGGUUGCUUACCACAGUUGAAGAAACUACAAAAGAUGUAUCUGGUCUCCAUUCAAAACUGGAUCGUAAGAAGGCAAUUGAUCAGCACAAUGCCGAAGCUCAGGAUGUUUUUGGCAAAAACCUGAAUGGUCUGUUUAACAGGAUGAAAGAAUUAAUUAAGGAUAGCAGCUCAAAACAAAAGGUCAUGCUAGAAGUUCACAAGACUUUGUUUGGUAACCUGCUGUCUUCCAGUGUCUCUGCAUUAGACACAAUUACUACAACAGCACUGGGAUCGCUCACAUCUGUUCCAGAAAAUGUGUCUACACGUGUUUCUCAGAUUUCUAAUAUGAUAUUAAAAGAACAAUCAUUAGCAGCAGAAAGUAAAACUGUACUUCAAACAUUGAUUGAUGUACUUAAGACUGACCUUCUAAGUUCACUGGAAACAACUUUAUCCCCCACUGUGGUGUCUAUACUGAAAAUCAACAGUCAACUGAAGCAUAUUUUCAAGACUUCAUUGACAGUGGCUAGUAAGAUAGAAGAUCAGAAAAAGGAAAUGGAUGGCUUUCUCAGUAUGCUGUGUAACAGUCUACAUGAACUACAAGAAAAUACGAUUUCAUCCUUGGCUGAAUCACAGAAGCUAUGUGAAAACUUAACUGAAGACCUGAAGACAAUAAAAAAAAUCCAUUCACAGGAACUUGACCAGCUAAUCAGUCUUUGGGCAGAGAGAUUCUGUGCCUUGGAGGAAAAGUGUGAAAACAUCCAGAAACCAUUAAGUAGUGUCCAAGAAAAUACAGAACAGAAAUCCAAGGAUAUAAUCAGCAAAACAACCUCAUAUAAUACACAAUUUUGUGCUGAUUGUGAUGGCUUAUCACAGGAACUCAGACAUUUUAACCAAGAAGGUACAAAACUGGUUGAAGAGUCUGUGAAACACUGUGAUAAACUUAAUAGCAGCCUGGAACUAGUAUCUCAAGAGACUGAACAGAGAUGUGAGGCUCUGAACAAAAGCGCACUUUCUUUUUCUGAACAGUGGGUAUCUUGCUUAAAUAUAAGGGAAGAAGAACUUCAGAACUUACUGGAGGUUGUAAACCAAGGUUGUGAGGCUUCAAGUUCAGAGAUUACCGAAAAAUUAAAUGAACAUAAAGCAGCUAAUGAGAACCAGCGUAAUAUGUUUUUUGAUCAGAUAACUACUGAUGAAGAAAAAUUAAUAGCACAAAGUCUAGAAUUUAAUGAAACCAUAAAAAUUGGUUUGACUAAGCUUAAUUGCUUUCUACAACAUGAUCUGAAAUUGGAUAUCCCAACAGGUAUGACACCACAGAGGAAAAAUUACUUAUACCCAUCAACCCUGGUGAGAACUGAACCACGUGAACAGCUCCUUGAUCAGUUGAAAAGGAAGCAACCUGAGCUGUUAAUGAUGCUAAACUGUUCAGAAAACAACAAGGAAGAGAUCAGUCAGGACUUGGAUGAAGAAAAGUCAGUUCUAGGGCACUCAAUAGAAGAACCUCCAAGUCAAGAGCCAUCUAUAGAUGCUAGUGUGGAUUGUUCAUCAAGUGGUGGGAUUCCGUUUUUCCAGCAUAAAAAAUCACAUGGAAAAGACAAAGAAAACAGGGGCAUUAAUUCAGUGGAGAGGUCUAAAGUGGAAGAAACUACAGAGCAUUCUGUUACAAGGAGCAGAUUACCUCUACGAGCCCAGAUAAAUCUUUAGUUAACUUGAGGAUUGUUAAUUUUACUUUUAAGAAAAAUGAAAAAUAGAACCUAUAACUCCAGAACUUGAGCCUUAUGUAUAGAUGAAAAACGAAUGGAAAAUAUCAAGGCAAUACUGUAAAUUUAGUUGACUUUAAUAUGUCUGCCCAUUUUUCUGUCAUUCUUGUAGUUCACUGUACAUUAAGUUGGGUUUUAUUUGAGACUUGCAUUCAGUAAAUGUGUAUUUUGAGCUUUUGAUAUAAAAUAGCCCUUUCUGGUAUAUCACUAGGCAGCACAUAUAUAAAAGUUGCGUGUUCUUCUAGGCUUGAAUUUAUGUAGGUGAAUACCGCCAACUUGCUUUUGGGAAGGACCAUCUCCGUUCUUUUCUUGAUACGAUUGAAUUAUGUCUGUAUCUGCUUGCUUCCUUCCCUAGACUUUUCCAGUCUGCAUUCUCAGCUCAUUUUCUCCUUUUUCAUUUGCGACCAAACCAUCUGUAGAGCUACAAAAUGGUAUCUAUUCUUAUUAUGAGAUAGCCUGAAUUUUAUCUAGAAGUCUUUAACACUUUUCUGUGGUUCUGCCUAAAAUUACUAUCAACAAUAAACAUAACCCUAGAAGCAUUCCUUCCUUCAAUAUUUUUAGUCUGUUUCCCCCUAGAUGAAGAAGCACUCCUUUAUGAGGCCUUAACACAUUAGCCCCCACAGAGUUUGUAAGAAGCCAGCUUCUCCAGAAUAUAGAUUACUUUUAUGGGAGAACUACCAAGAGCUCUGAUUAAUGGCUAUGUGGCCUGUAUCUUGGGCAGAGGUCCCAGUGAUUUAAAAGGGCUUUUUGAAGCUAUUAAUUAUGAUGAUAAUUUCUAUCCUCUUGUUUACCUUCAUCUGAAACUUUGUUCUUUGUAUAUAAUAAAAUAUGUAUAUGUAUAUUUUUCUUUACUGAAAUCUUAACCCUUAGAUGGGUCCUGACAGUUCUGAUCUAGCAGCCAAAUUUCUGGAAGUUGACAUUUUUCAACAUGAAGAAUCAGCACACUAGAAGAAGGAAGAAUAUACGCAAAGAAAACAUUUGGUGACCACAUCAACUUAAGUGCAUAACUUUAGAGAGAUUUGAUUGUGAUAGCUAAGUAAAGCCAAGCCCUAUUAGAGAUUAGAAAACGUGCUACUUCAAGGAACUAAAUUUACCUUCAGAAGUGUUAAUUAUCUUAAUAAAAAUAAUGAUACAAUUUCUCUGCAAAAUCAGAUGUCAACAUAACCUAUGGAUAAUAUCUAAGAAAAUAAUCUGCCCUCAGUAAAUCCAUCAAUAAAUUUGGUUUCUACAUUAA